AUGUCCACUAAAUUUUUAUUGGGUACAGCCGCUGUAGUGGCCACAACAUAUGUCUAUUAUGAAAAACAAAAUCAAGAACAAAAAAGAAAAGAUAGUUUAAUCUAUACCGGUGAUGGUACAAGGAAUGGCCUAUCUGAUGUUGGUAUAAACAACAAUACCACCGCUAAUAGGUAUAACCAUUAUCAACAACAGGCAAAGUCUGCAAUUAAUGAUUUGCCAACAAGUACUGGGUCAGUUCAAACAUCUUGUUUGUCAAAUAUCAAACAAGGUAUUAAGGAAGAUGCCAUUAGUUUGAAAAAUGCAAUCGUUGGUGGUAAUAAUGGUGUUGUUUCAAAUGCUGAGGACCUGGCUGCUGAAUUGCAGCACACCGCUAGAUCCACAUAUUAUGAUGGGAAAGCAAGUGUCGAGAAUAAAACACACACAAUUUUUGAUUCUGGAGUCAAUAAGUAUGAAGCUGCUAGAGCUAAGUUAAUUAAUGAAGUUGAUAGUACUACUAAGAAAUAUAACGAAUUAAAGGAAUCUUUAAAAACUACUACAGAAGAGCAGCGUGCAAACAUCCAAUCUCAAAUCGAUGAGAGUAAGAGUAAGUUGCUUGAUCUGCAAAAAAGAUUAAAAGAGUCGGCAUCUGACUAUCAUGCUAAGAUAAACCCUAAUGUGAAAAAACUAAGUGAUUCAAUUUACGAAAAUACACUGGGUCAUAUUGAUGCUACUGAUAAACCUCAGAAUGAAGAAAAUUCGGUUAAAACAACUGCUAAAAGCAUUAGAGGGUGGGGCGAUACUGCCGAGAUAUUGGGUCAAGAUACAGUUGAUGAUUGGAAGUUGAACAACUCUGCUGGUAAAUCUAAAGCUCAAGAAGAGUUGGAUAGAUUGAAGGAUGUGAAAAGAAAAGGUUGGUAUAGCUAUGACAAUGAUGGAAACUUGGUUGCCGCAACUAAAAAAUCUUUAGAGGGUUGGGGUGAAACCGCUGCCGAAUUCAGUAGAGAACAAUAUGAGGAGGCACAGGCUGGGUUAAAAAAGUUAAAUGGGGAUGCUUCUGAUAGUUUGGAAAAAGUUAAUGAAAAUGCCAAGCAUUGGUGGCAAUGGGGCACUUCGAAGGGAAAAGAAGGUUUAAAUAAGGUUAAUGAUGGUGCAGUAAAUACCACGAGUCAAGUUAUCGACUCUACUGGCCAAGGUUUGGAUUAUUUAAAUGAUAAGGCACAGUCCGGGUUGAGCGAUGCCAAUGAUUUUGUCGAAAAACAAAAGAAGAACUAG